AUGUCAACAUUUUCGACAGAGUCCAAUGCCACUGGAUCGCAUUUGGCAAUUACUGCUGAAGAACUGUUCCAGCUCCGGCAUGUUGCUAGAGGUACUGCGCCGCCAGACUUGAUCAUUCAACAUGGCAUUAUCCUGUCAGUUCACACAGGCGAACUUCUCGAAAGAGACGUGAUCAUCAAGGGGCGCCACAUUGCUGCUGUCACACCAUGGGAUUACUUUCAACGAUCCCGAUAUCCUGAUGACGCCAGCAUUGAAAUCAUCAACGCCAAGGGCAAGUUUGUCAGCCCGGGCUUCAUCGACACGCACAUUCAUAUCGAGUACACAAAGCUGAUUCCUGGCGAAUUGGCAAGAUUGAGUGUUGCACGGGGCACGACGACUGUCCUGGCUGACGCCAAUUGCAUUGCAAACGUUCUUGGCGGUAAAGGCAUGGAUUUUAUGGGAACAACCACCACGCCACUGCGGAUAUUCCGCCAGGUAUCCCACAAGGUCCCCAUGAGCGGUCCCGAGAUUGAACUCGGCGGUACCUCGCUCGCCACGGAAGAGAUAUGCGACCGGGUAUCGCGGUGCCAAGCCGCAACGCUCGGCGAGUCGAACCCGUUCUCGCUUGACAUGGCGUCGGCCGAAAAGCAGGCUGCCGCGCUGCGUGCCGGUAAGAGAAUUACUGGUCAUUCGGCUCUUUUGGUGAAUGAACCACUUUGGGCGUAUUGUGCUGGCGGAAUUGGUGAUGAUCAUAAUGCUCACAGGCCUGAAGACGUAAUAGAGCGCCUACGUCUGGGAAUGAUGCUCACGGUCAUGUCUGGGAGCAUGAACUCCAACAUUGAGCCUGUUUUCAGUAACUUUGAGCUGUACAAAGACGGCCUCAGGUACAUCAGCUUCUGCGCCGACGACAAGUACUGUGAAGACUUUGAUAAGACGGGCCACAUUGAUCUUCACGUCCGUAGAGCUAUCGAAUUGGGCGUGCCCAUGAUGGAAGCUUACAAAAUGGCCACCAUUAAUGCAGCUUCGUAUUAUCGACUUGAUCAUUUAAUUGGCAGUAUUACACCUGGAAAACUGGCUGACCUGCUCAUCUUGGAUAAUCUGGAGAGUGCGCUCCCUGCCAUUGUCAUUGGCAAUGGCUCGAUUGUUGCCUCUGACAACAAGGCUCUGUUUACCAACACUGACACAAUCCCCGAGUUUACCCUCAACACAAUUCAUAUCAACGACCACCAUCUCAAACCCUCAUCGUAUCAUCUUUUUGCGCCGCCAUCAUCAUCUGGAGAGCCAUCUGAGGAAGCAUGGGUGCAGUGCGUGGAAAUGUACGACGGCUAUUUCAAGCGAGCUUUCCACGCUCAACUUCCCAUUGAUCCAACCCCUCCUCACAAUAUCCUCUGUGAUACAGAGAACGAUAUACUAAAAGUGGUCAUUGUCGAUCGCCAUCACGCAACUGUCAACCGGGGCAUUGCUUUCGUGCGCGGCUUUGGCUUGAAACGAGGGGCCAUCGCAACCACUACCAACUGCGAGAACCAGAACCUCGUGGUCAUUGGCGUGGAUGACGAGUCCAUUGCAGCGGCUGUGCAAGCAAUCAAGGAACUGGGCGGCGGCAUGCUAGCAGUAAGCGGCAAGGGUGAAGAAGUGUUGGGAUCUGUCAAGUUGGAUGUUGCAGGAUGCAUGUCCUCUGCACCGUGGGAAGAAGUCAGAGACAAGAGUCUGGCGCUGGACAUGAUCGUCAGGACGGAGCUGGGCUGCACGAUGGAGCAGAAUCCGUUCCUGAUUGCCAGCUUUGUGGGCUUGGUCGCAGUACCCGACUUGGGCUUGACAGAGCUUGGUCUCGUGGUGGGUGGUGGUGAGGCUUUGAUGAACCCAGUGUUGACUACGGAAGCGGCAGAUGUUGACAAACUUGAGUCUACCUCGCAGGCAAUAAGAGUGUCGCUCAGGUUCCCCCAGAAGGCCAAGUCCUAG